ACAGUGCCACCAGCUAUUAUAGCUGACAGCUAACCAGUGAAGGGUCAGCCCUACUAGUGUGAGGGAAGGCGGGCGUCGUCGCCCGUGGCCGCGCGUCCCAAUAUUGACAGUGCAAAGUGUGGUCCCCGAAAAACUCCCCUCUUUCCCCUCGCAAGAAAAUUCGCAACCGAUAGGCGCUUUGUGAACAGCCUUUGUUUUGUGCUACGUCUCUCUUUUGAGAAGCUUUCGUGACUUAUGUCAUUUCCUCUCAAGAGGAGGAAGAUAAUUUUGAACAAAAGAAACAAAGUGCAGGACAAACUAACAUGACCAGGUUAAAAAGCUCACCAUUAAGCGGAAAUGUUUGGACAACAUUACGUUAAUUAGGAGCAUCGGUGCUAUUUCACCCCUCAUUAUUUUAUUCAUCUUCUGCGAAACCUUUGUUCAGGAAGAAACUGCCGAAGAUGUUGGCGAUGUUACUCAUCCAUGAAUAGGCAAAAUACCAGAAAUGUGAGCACCGAUGAUGAAAGCGACGAAGGGGAGCCCAGCAUCCCAUGGGAUGGAGAUAAUGUUACUCAAGUUACUCGUGAUGUUCAACUUCUACAGUAUCGCAGUUGCUGUUGAGCUGCAGAGAUCAGCUAACGAUGGGACCCUAUUCGCUGAUGAGCUGCUGGCUAAAGAAAUCUCGGGAAACCCACAAAAAGGUGGAAAUGCUGUCCUGAUGAACCCUCGGGUAGCAGUUCUCGAGCACGAUAAUCCCCAGCCCAUAAACGAUUACCUGAAGUCUAGAGAGAAAAUCGACCUUGAACUGCAGCAUAGCCGUGUCUAUGAUGGCGAGCAGAGCAACGGUCACGCGACGCAUUUCCAAAAUGUUGACAAACAGCAAGGAAGGCCCGACGGAGGAGGGAGACGAGGGGGACGAGCGAGAAGUUUCCCAGAGAGCUCGAACGAUGAGGCCUCGCAGAGGAAGCUCGACAACGAGCGCAAGGCCGGAGAAUUUCGAGGGGAUGACAGGGAACUCGAAUUCGAGAAAAUAUCAUUAAGGGGAGGAGGAGUGAGUGUCGCCGCCAAAGGGGAUAAGGCACUCGGACGCGGGUUCUCCAUUAUGGAGACGGAGGCGAGAAGAACGCACACUCACCAGCUAACCAAGGCGGAAGUAGCGCGGGCUGGAGUUUCAGGAAGAGCUGCUGGUAAAGGGCAACAAGGUUUUAAUCAAAAGAAAAACAGAAAACGCGAGGGGCCUUUUCCCCGAGGAAAGGGAAGGGCGACUUCGACGAACAAGAAAGCCUCGCCCGAUUUCCAGUUCCAAGAAGCAUUGCCGAGAGAUCAGGUUUUUCCAUUAGGGAAAACUGAUGGCGGGAAACUUGGAGAAAUUUUAAUUAAUCCUCACAUGCUGUCGGAGAACUCCUCGGCAGACGACGCUAUUAAGGAUUCACCUCAGGAAAGUAGGGAUGGGACGGUGAACCAUGCUUUGAAGGGAAGCCAUUUUAAUCACCCUGCUCGAUUAGCCUCACCGCGGGAUAUUCCAUCUUCAGAUGCAGGGAGGCAAAAGUAUCCAACUUCUCAUUAUUUAUCGAACAUCAGAUGGAGAUACAGGAAACACAACCAUCCACAUAAAUCUUCAAGGAAAGAAAACGGGAACAUCAGCAACUCCUCGAUCGCUCAUAUGAGGGGCGAAGGGAAAUUCUAUUUAGAAAAGGUGGGAGGUCGAGGAAGACGCAACCUAGAUGAUAAAUUAAGUAAAGCUAAGAAUAAGAAUAUGGUUAAUCAGACGGCAGGAGCCAACUACAGCCACCCAGAGAGUCACCUAGCAACGAACAUCUCUUUGGUCAAAAAUACCAGUCAUAUUUAUGCGGGCGAAUAUACCAAAAAUCCUGUGGAAUGGUAUCCGUUGGAGGGUUAUGACGCGGGUGAGAGGAACGACGAUUAUUAUGACCCGGACGACUACUGGGGAGAACCCGACCACUCUCACCAGUAUGGAGGCAACAAUCGGAUGGUUAACAUGGACGACUUCCCAUUGCAAAGCCUUGGAGGAGUUCCUGGACAGAACGGUGACUCCACUUGCGGCUGCUGGGGGACGGAUCCCCCCCGCCCAGAGGUGGAGUGCAGUUGCUCUGGGCCAAACGUGAAGUCUGUUCCUGCUAAUCUCUCGGAGGAGGUGUUCAGCAUAACCGUGAUGAAUGCUGGCUUGGAGACCCUCAGGAAUGACUCCUUCACCAGAUACCGCGCGACGCUCCGGGAUAUAGUUCUUCACAACGUUCAAGAUUUUCACCAAAUCGAAGCCGGAUGCUUCAGUGGACUUCUCAAACUACGUUCAAUAUACAUCUAUUCAGCUCCGAGAUUGAAAUUCAUCCGAAAUCUCACCUUCACUGAGGACAAACUGAGAAGUUUAAGGAUUGUGAGUUCGGGCCUAGAAGCAGUUCCUAAUCUACGGUUCAACAGUAAUGAGAUACUUCAUAUGAUUGAGCUGGACAGUAACAGGAUUCAGAAGAUCCACAGCCGGUCCCUACAAGUUCGAGUGGAGGAGUUGUCGCUCGGUUAUAACCACAUCCAGCAAGUGGAAAGAGAGGCCUUUUCAGGCUCCUAUAUUGGAAAACUGAGCCUCAAAGGGAACCAGGAACUGACUUAUCUUCAUCCGGAUGCUUUUGAAGGCAUUGGAAGCUUAAGGACUCUAGACCUAUCGGAGACGUCCAUAACAGCCCUGCCAACAGUCGGCUUGAAGGAACUCGAGGUCCUGCGACUGGAGAACACUCCAACCCUCAAGGUCUUCCCUUCCGUGUACUCCUUCAGAACGAUUAAGGAGGCCCACUUGACUUACCCGUAUCACUGCUGCGCCUUCCAGUUUCCAGAACAGCAUAAAAAGGAGCAGUAUGUCAUCCACCAGAAACUGAAAGAAAUGGAACAGGAACACUGCUCUGAGCUGACGUCCCCGACAUCACCGACCAUGACUCAAACCACACGUAUCAGACAGCGGCGAUACGCACCCAUCCAACCCGUUACUGCGCCCACAGAAGAAGGUGUCCUGACCUCCCUGACUUCAUCUUAUGAGAAUAGCGGGGCAGUGGCUGAUAAACACACGAGUAAUCAAGACUUUUCCUUUUCUGAAGAGGGAACUUGGGGUUCUGUUCAACCAGAGUCAUUGAUUGGAGGGAAAAAGUACGUUGCUACUUCAAGGAUCCAGUCAUUUCAUAGUGAGGCAACGCACUGGAAGCAGCUCCCAAGAAAAUCCUAUCCUGUUAAUUCAUUUAAGCGAUUUCAAGACACCAAAUCCUCCGUCGUGAACUCUGUUGACAACUUAGAGUUAGCAGAAAUAUUGCCCACAAGCAACGGCGUUCAAAGAAGCAGUAAAUCUCUACGCGUGAAUGAAGUAGUAAUGCCCACCUCAAAAGCAAAACACUAUGCUUCACGACAUGGACGUUCGCGGCCAGAUAUAAAUAUAACCACCCCAGAAUCUGACAAAUCAAAAAGUGUGGACCAUGAAGAAAUCAAAAGUAGCUAUUUAAUUCCUCUCAGACAUCAAAUGAAACAGAGGUUUGAGCUAUCAAAGGUAUCUCACGCAGUUAAACAUGCCCGGCUGAGCAGGAGGGAAUUAUUUAAGGGGUCACAGGGCAGUGCAGGAAAUGGUUUUGGACUGAAGGAGUCGAUGGAAAUCCUUCCUGUUCUGAAUAAGAAGUCAGAAACAAAAAGCGCCGAAGUUGGGGACUCCUUAUCAAAAGAGGCCUUCGACCCCAUCCUGGAUAAAGGCUUUGGGACCGAUGAAAUUCCCUUAAACCAGGGAGGAGUCUUAGAUACUAAUGUGGCUGAGGUAGGGGCAGGAGGGCCAGGAGGAUUCCAGAAUUAUUUCCUUGGCUUUGGACCUUUCAAUCACUCGGCUGAUAGGUAUCCAUCGGAUACUUUCAAACAAAAUGACACUUUUGUCGGUGUUUGGGGAGAUCCCGAGAUCUGGCCAGGUCACGGGGAUUCUCCGGAGCAUUUUGGCUUUCCUGGAGAAGGGUUGAUUGAUGAAGGAGGGUUCGUAGAAAAAGAGAUAUUUUCCGAGGACAUCCCCAAUACAAAUCUAAAGAAUGAGGAUGACAAGUGGCACGUAACGAGGGCCCCGAUGAAUAAUACGACGAUCAUCGUGCUGUGUGGAAACCUCUCGAGAAACUACCACGAUGUCAUGUGCGUCCCUGCCCCUGAUGCCUUCAACCCCUGCGAGGACAUCAUGGGAAACAUCGCUCUUCGUGUUGCUGUCUGGUUUGUGGUUGUCACGGCUGUAGUUGGCAAUUUGGCUGUCAUGCUCGUCUUGGUCUCCUCGAAAUUCAGGAUGACAGUGAGCAAGUUCUUGAUGGUGAACCUGGCCCUCGCCGACCUCAGCAUGGGAAUCUACCUACUGAUCAUCGCUUCAAUGGAUCUCCAUACCAUCGGUGUCUAUUUCAACUAUGCCAUUGACUGGCAGAAUGGUCCUGGUUGCAAGGUGGCCGGCUUCUUGACGGUUUUCGCUUCGGAGCUGUCCAUUUUCACGCUGACGAUCAUCACGUCGGAGAGGUGGUACGCCAUCACCUACGCCAUCCACCUCAACAAGAGGCUGAAGCUCUCCAUGGCCGCCAAGAUUAUGGUCAUCGGCUGGAUCUACUCCAUUACGAUGGCCACUCUGCCUCUCAUCGGCAUUUCCGGAUACAGCAAGACUAGCAUCUGCCUACCAAUGGAAACGGGCAACGGCUUGGCACUCACAUACCUCAUCUCCCUCCUGCUGGUUAACGGCCUGGCCUUCAUCGUCAUAACCGCUUGUUACGCCUCCAUGUACUGCUCAAUCAGCAGGCACGACGCAUCUGCGUCUCACUCGGAUCUCACUGUAGCCAAGAGAAUGGCGCUCCUCGUCUUCACGGACUUCGCCUGCUGGGCGCCCAUCGCUUUCUUUGGGUUGACGGCAGUCGCUGGCAUACCACUGAUCAACGUGACGAGAGCCAAAAUUCUACUGGUGUUCUUUUAUCCCCUGAACUCUUGCGCCAAUCCCUAUCUGUAUGCCAUUCUCACGAAGCAGUAUAGAAGGGAUCUUUUCAUUCUCCUGGCAAGAUACGGUUUUUGCACUAAGAAGGCCAUGAGGUACAAAGGAGCAUACUCAUCCGUAAAUAACACGUUUCCUCACAACACCGUUGUCAACGCUGGUCCCAAUCACCGCAACUCUACGUUGACGCAAAUCACCCUUUGUGACCUGACUCGCGCUGGCCGGACUUCACAGCAGAGCAACAGCGGCUCUCUUCCCGGAACAGCCAUUUGUGGAUCUCAGGACUCGCUGCAGAAAAACGUCUCUCCUUCCAGGACUCCAACCAAGCCAGAGACGUGUACUGGAGACUCUGAGCGCCUGAGUACGGUGCAGGAGAUGAGCCACAGCAACCACAGCGACGAUGAUACCUCAGAGUAUUGCCAACAGCAGCUGCAGCAACAGCAGGAAGACGGGACUCACAACAGCAGCGCUGUCAGACAGACGGGUUCUCCCCAUCCCCUCAAAAACUGCUACGCGAGAUUGUCAAUCACUCCACAACAGGAGCAGGUUCUUAAGUACGCCUUGAACGAAUCAAAAGCGAAGAAGAAUUCCAAGUGCAGCGACGAAGUGGAAAAAAGGAAAUACGUCGAAAGAGAAAAUGGGAAAGAGAAGACGGAGGAGAAAAAGGGGAACGACUGCUCGCAGCACCCUGGCCAGGGAGAGACAAUAGUCAUGUACGAAGUGGAGAUAUACAAGGAGGCCUCCCCACAAGAAGGAACUGCUGUUGCCAAGGCACUGGACGACGCAGAAGAGACAUCAACAGUAUAACAACGUGAACACCGCGGUGCACAGUACGCUUUGUGUGAGACCCAUAGCUGGAGGCAUUUUUCCGCUUUCAAAAACAUUAAUUUGCGUCCAGAGGCUGUUAUUAUCAUGUAGCUAAGUAGGUUGGAUCGUGUACCUGGAUUCUAAGCCCUGCUUUAAUCAGUGUUUCAGGUAUUCAGUUUGGGAAGAGCUUCGCGUUUCAGUUUUGCUUUUUACUGUCUGUACAUCUCUUGUCCUCAGUAUUUUAGCGGACUUCAAUCAUGUCAUUCUGCUGAUGUGGCUCCUAAUAUAGAAAAUUUCGUUAUUUUUUUAUAUUUUCAUAAUAGUAAGAUGUAGAAUAGAAGUGGACGAGUUCUAAAUGAUGUACAUAUAUAUACGUACAUACACAAAUUAUACUUAGAUACACAAAAUAUGUAUGUACAUAUAAGUAUGUUGUUGAAUUAGUAUAUAUCUGUAAGUAUGUGUAAAUGUAUCGUCUUCUGUUCUUUUACGCCAGCUGCAUUAUACAGGAAAGAAAAAGCCAAAUGCUUAAAAGAUCACUGUAAUACAAACUGUAUAUAGGCACGGUGUAGAUUUUGCAAAUGAAAUUGAUAUCUGUGGACUUGUUUCGAAAAAUUCAGUUGAGCUUAUCCGUCCUCUAUCCCUCUGUUACAAAUAUCACUGAGACAAGCAACACCCGCCACACCCCUUCCCCGCCCAAAAAAGGCGGUGAAGUUUACUUUACUUCCUUUUCAAGGCCAUUUCUCUUAUUUCAGAAAUAUACUUGGCAGACCGUCUUACAUAUGGAAGUUUCAUUUAACCCGUUGCCAAAUUUAGUCUUCAUUACACAAGAGGGAGAAAGGCAGGUCUUAAUUUCAGGUGCUGAAGCUGCGCCAAGGUAACAUUAAUGUCAUUCAUUUUUUGUUCGGGAAUAAUAAUGAUGAUAAUAAUAAUAAUACUAUUAUUAUCAGUAGUAGUAGUAGUAGUAGUAGUAGUAGUAGUAGUAGUUAGUAGUACAGAACAGUGCUAAAACAAGGAAAAUGUAGUGAAACACAAAUGUGAAUAAUAUAAAAGAAAUGAAAAUAGGUUAGUAAAUAGACGAAUACAGAAAUAUUCGAAGAAGAUCGCUGGAAUUUAGGUCAUUCUUAUACAGCUACGAAGUGCUAUAUAGUUCAUUUCACUUGUUAUUCGUCUGUACCAUCAGAUUUAUUACUAUCAAGUUUAAUUGAAACGACUAGGAUAAUCUUGAAGAACAAUGAAACUGUUAUAAUGAAAACAACCAAUCAUUUGUGUGAUACCACUCAUGUUUUAUAGUGCUGGACAAUGUUUCUAAUGUGGCCUCCGUGGGGUAAUGGGCUAAGAAAUAACCUCAGUACCUUAAUCUCUAAGCUUACAAGGGGAUGAGAAUUUAACCAUUCAUUUCCUUACCGAUUUCAAGACUUGAGGAAAGUGUAGCCAAAAAUAAUAGGAAAUAGGAAACGUAACUGUUCAUUUUUAUAUUGUAAAUCUGUCUUGUGUUUUUUUCAUUUUUUAUGUAUUUAUUUUUUAUUUGUUUUCAUAGCUUAAUCCUGAAAUGCACCUCAGUCUUCAAGCAUUCCUGGUGGUAUUUGUGGCUGAAUGAAUGCUACUAAAAUCAGGUAGAUCCAAAUGUAUAGAUAAAUAAUAACUAGAAAUAUUGUCAACUUUCCCCAGAUUUGCAUAAGAAAUUUAAUGAAAACUGGUUUGAGGUUUAGUUUGUUUGUUUAUGAAUGAUUUUUUUUAAAGAUUUUUCACUUAAAUCCAAAACUAUAUUUUUCAGUCAUUCUGAACGUUAAGUAAUGAGUUUCAUAGUCAAAUCUCCAAGUUAAAGGUGCUGAUGAAACUGACUGUUGCUGUGGAAUUCGGAAUAAACACAGUGAAGGCGCUGCUGUCAUCAGAACGUUAGCUAAGACUCCUUUUUUCAGUUAAAGUCGAAUUUUGAAAUCAAAAUUCUUUCCCUUGUACAAGGGAAAUAAUUACCGUAAAUCAGUAUCUCAUGAAACUCAACUUCAAAUGGAUAGAAUAAGCUUUCUUUGCUACUUUUGAUUCAUUUCUCUUGCAUCGAUAUUUUCAUUUUCCUGAAAGCGGCAUCUGUAAACCAGGAUGGCAAAAAUUUGAAUUACACCUCACAUUGAAUGAUGAAAAUUAUAUUUAAUUCAGCCAGGCCCCCCCACCCAGCUCCCUUUUGUGUGUGUUAGUGUGUGUGUGUGUG